GGCAAUUGCUGUUGCUGCUAAAGUGACGCUGCAGUUGAUAGCCGCGGAUCACUGCGUUGCACCCCUUGGAGUUUUUUUUUUUUAACGUGAUAACGCCUUUUGCAAAUUGUAUCUCAAGGUUAUGUUGUUUGAAUUGCAGCUAACCGUAUUCUCUUUAACACUAAGAGCGCGUUCCACACAAUAUGUGUAUUGUAUAUAAAUUGACAGCCAAAUUGAAGCGGCGCUCACAGCUUGUUUGCCAGUCUCGUCGGCGAUUCGUACACUCCACAUCCGACCAGAGCUGAGCGCUAUCGUUGCGAUUGCUAGUGUGUGACUUUAUUAUUUAUUGUUUAAUACGACGUUAAGUUUUUGUUUCAAAAAGUUAUUUACGGUAACACAGUGCAGGUGAACGGAGUACUAAAUAUUAAGAAUGCGCUUAAUUAUCUUGGAGACGAGCAAAUCGGUGGGUAGUUGGGCGGCCAAAUAUGUGGCUAAGCGGAUCAACGACUUCAAUCCGGGACCCGAUAAAUACUUUGUUUUGGGCUUGCCCACAGGUAGCACCCCAUUGGGGAUGUACAAAGAACUGAUUAACUUCCAUAAGCAGGGCAAGGUCUCCUUUCGUUAUGUGAAAACCUUCAAUAUGGAUGAGUAUGUGGGCCUGCCGCGUGAUCAUCCCGAGAGCUAUCACUAUUUCAUGUGGCACAAUUUCUUCAAGCACAUUGACAUUGAGCCGGCGAAUGUGCACAUUCUGGAUGGCAAUGCGAAGGAUUUGGUCGCCGAGUGCAAUUUGUUCGAGCAGCAGAUUAAGGAAGCGGGAGGUGUGGAGCUAUUCAUUGGCGGCAUCGGACCCGAUGGGCACAUUGCCUUCAAUGAGCCGGGCUCCUCGUUGGUGUCGCGUACGCGUGUCAAGACCCUGGCGCAGGAUACGCUGGAAGCGAAUGCCCGUUUCUUUGAUAACGACAUGAGCAAAGUGCCCAAGCAGGCGUUGACUGUGGGCGUGGGCACGGUCAUGGACUCGAAAGAGGUGAUGAUCCUGAUAACGGGCGCCCACAAAGCAUUCGCCUUGUACAAGGCCAUCGAGGAGGGCGUCAAUCACAUGUGGACGGUCAGCGCCUUCCAGCAGCAUGCGAACACCUUGAUGAUCUGCGAUGAGGAUGCCACGCUGGAGCUCCGUGUCAAGACGGUUAAAUAUUUCAAGGGCAUUCUCAGAGAUGCAAAUGCAGCCGACUCCCCAGAAGCUUAUACAAAGUAGCCUGAUGGACGUGCACUCGCAGCUGAUAGAACAGCGAAAGACGGAAACCUAACCAAGGAGCAGCUCAUUCAACCUGCAAUCUAUCAACAGAAUAACAACAAAUCGAAUUUGUUUUACGUUUCUAAUGCAUUUUAUUUUUGUUCUAUUUACUAUUUACGCUACUGCUUAUAAUAAAAGACAUUGUCUAUAUAUUUUUAUACAAUA